UGGUGUUUAUAUAUCUGUCACCGUUUCCAACACAAAAAACCCUCUCAUUUCAUUUCUACAUCCCUACCCUUAUCCACACAAAAACAACGAUAGUGUUUGGUUUGUGUUGUGUUGUUCCUUUCUCCUUCAUCCUUUUUUCUCUCAAAAAUUCAGCUAUGUCUAUCACUUCCUUCAAAUCUCUAACAAUGGCUGAAUCAUGUUUACUCUCACAACCUUCACUCUUCUACACCAAAACCAAAUCCUCAUUCAUUUCAAACACUGCUAAGUCCUUCAAGAUACAAAACCCAACACACAAUUCUUCAAGGUUUUCACAAUCUAUUUCUCUCACUGUUAGUAACAGAAGAACACGUGAUUCUUCUUUGGUUACAUUUGUUGCACAGACAAGUGAUUGGACUCAGGAAGAGAAAGAAGAUGGAGCAUGGGAGAAUCAAGGUGAAACUGCUUGGGAUGGUGAAACUGAAACACCUGAGAGUGAUGGUGAUGUUGGGAGAUUUGAGGAAUCUCCUGAAGAUUUGAAGAUUUUUGUUGGGAAUUUGCCUUUUGAUGUUGAUAGUGACAAAUUGGCUGAGCUUUUUGAGCAGGCUGGAACUGUUGAAGUUGCUGAGGUAAUUUAUAACAGGGAGACUGACCGUAGCCGCGGGUUUGGAUUUGUAACAAUGAGUACAGCUGAAGAAGUUGAGAGUGCUGUCAACAAGUUCAGUGGCUAUGAAUUAGAUGGAAGAGCGUUGACUGUUAAUAAGGCUGCUCCAAGAGGAGCACCACGGCCUGAACGCCCACCACGUUCCUUUGAUUCUGGUGCUCCUGGUUUAAGACUCUACGUUGGUAACUUGCCAUGGGAUGUUGACAAUUCUAGCUUGGAGCAACUUUUCAGCGAACAUGGUAAGGUUGAGAAUGCCCGGGUAGUCUAUGACAGAGAGACAAGUCGAUCACGUGGUUUUGGCUUUGUUACAAUGGCGAGUGUCGAUGAUGUGAGUGAAGCCAUUGCUGCUCUUGACGGUCAGGAAUUUAAGGGGAGGGCAAUCAUAGUGAAUGUUGCUGUGGAAAGACCUAGGCGCUCUUACUGAGUGCGAGAAAUUUUCACUUUUAAAGUGAGUGUUGUUGCAUGAUUUUUAUUUAACAGCUAAGGAUACAAUUUCAAUUUUUUUAUUUUAUUUUCAAAUGUUCCUUUUUGGCAGCUGGUUUCAUAUUAGAUUUUAAUGUAUUAUCUUCCUACUUAUAAAGUAAGUUCAAAUUGUAUUAUUUUUAAUGUCA